AUGACAGACCCAAAAGAACACCAGCCUCUGGUGGAACCCCAGCCAGUGGACGACGCCGCGCCAGUCCAGGAGCCUGAGCCAGAACAGUCCCACAGCGCACACGCCGACGAGCCUCGUGGCGAAACCACUCCCACACCCGCCAGCGCCAUCGAGGGCGGCCGUGAGGUGUCCAAGAUGAUCCUCUACGUGGGCAUGCUCCACAAGUCAGUGUCAGAAGACAUGUUGAAGGAGAUGUUCUCAGUUGGCGGCGCCAUCCAGUCGGUCAAGGUGUUGAACGACAAGAACAAGCCAGGCUUCAACUACGCGUUCGUCGAGUUCGAAAACACCCAGGCAGCUGAAGUGGCCCUCCACACCUUGAACGGGCGCCUCAUCAACAACGCCGAGAUCAAGAUCAACUGGGCGUUCCAGUCGUCUACCAUCAACAGCGCCUCGCGUCCCGACGAGCCCAGCUUCAACAUCUUCGUCGGUGACUUGUCACCCGAGGUCGACGACGAGACGUUGUACACGGCGUUUACCAAGUUCCUGUCGUUGAAACAGGCCCACGUCAUGUGGGACAUGCAGACGUCGCGUUCCAGAGGCUACGGUUUCGUGACGUUUGGGCUCCAGACCGACGCCGAGUUGGCGUUGCAGACCAUGAACGGCCAGUGGAUCAACGGCAGGGCCAUCCGCUGCAACUGGGCCUCCCACAAGCAGUUGCACCACUCGGGAAGCAACAACUUUAGAAACAAUCGUCAUCAUCUCCAUCACAACAACGCCAGGGGUCCGUUCAGGCCCUACAACAACAACCUCAUGCCCCAGCAACAGAUGGGUGCCCAGGGUGGCUUGCCCAGUCAGUACGCUCCCCAGUUGCAAGGGGGAUUGCAGCCAGGCUCCGGCAAUGGACCCGUUUUGCAGUCCAUAUCGCCUCCCAACGGCACCUCGCCUGCUCCCUCCCAGGGUGGCCCAAACCAGCAGGCCAGCCAGCAGGCCAACAUACCGGUGAUGUCGCCCCAGUCUUACGACAUUGUGUUGAGACAGACUCCGUCGUGGCAGACCACUGUCUACUUGGGCAACAUCGCCCACUACUCGCAACAAACUGAUUUGAUCCCUUUGUUGCAAAACUUCGGGUUCAUCGUUGACUUCAAGUUCCAUCCCGAGAGAGGCUGUGCAUUCGUCAAGUACGACUCCCACGAAAGAGCCGCAUUGGCCAUUGUGCAAUUGGCUGGCUUCACCAUCAACGGCAGACCGUUGAAGUGUGGAUGGGGAAAAGACAGGCCUCCCAUGGGCCAGUACCAGAACUUCGGGAGGGGACCCAUCUACCAGAGGCCAUGA